AUGUCUUCCACCACUAUCGUGCCCCAAACCUCCUCCGCGACCAAUGGCGACCUCCCCUCCUUCACAGUAAAAGCCGGCCUGGCACAGAUGCUCAAGGGCGGCGUGAUAAUGGACGUGGUCAACGCUGAACAAGCCCGCAUUGCCGAGGAAGCCGGCGCCUGCGCCGUCAUGGCCCUCGAGCGCGUGCCCGCCGACAUUCGCGCCCAGGGUGGCGUCGCCAGAAUGUCCGACCCCGGCCUCAUCAAAGAGAUCCAGGCCGCCGUCACCAUACCCGUCAUGGCCAAGGCUAGGAUAGGUCACUUUGUCGAGUGUCAGAUCCUCGAGGCCCUAGGUGUUGAUUAUAUCGACGAGAGUGAGGUUUUGACGCCUGCGGAUAACACCUACCACGUGGAGAAGGCGGACUUCAAGGUACCCUUUGUGUGCGGGUGCCGGAAUCUGGGUGAGGCUCUUCGACGGAUCGCCGAGGGCGCCGCCAUGAUUCGAACAAAGGGCGAGGCCGGCACCGGCGACGUUGUCGAGGCGGUCAAGCACAUGCGGACGGUCAAGAGCGACAUCGCAAAGGCACAGGCCGCGUUGAAAGAAGGCGAGGGGUCUUUGAGGGCCCUGGCUAAGGAACUGGGCUGUGAUGCUGCCCUGCUCAAGCAGACCGCCGAGCUCGGCCGCCUACCCGUGGUCAACUUUGCCGCUGGUGGUAUCGCGACCCCCGCCGACGCUGCGCUCAUGAUGCAGCUGGGCUGUGACGGUGUCUUCGUUGGCUCUGGCAUCUUCAAGAGCGGCAAUGCCGCCAAGCGAGCAAAGGCCAUUGUGCAGGCCACCACGCACUACCGAGAUGCACACGUGCUGGCACAGUGCUCCGAGGGCCUCGGAGAGGCCAUGGUGGGCAUCAACGUCAGCGGCAUGAAAGAUGGCGACAAGCUGGCCGGACGGGGCUGGUAG